AUGACUCAGAUGGACCUCCUGGUCACAAACGUGGCCGAGCUUUUGGCUACGGCCGUGCACGAGGUCCUGCGUCUGAUGGGUCAAGCCGUGUCCGAAUACCGCGAUGAAUCAGCCAGGAUUCGUCAGGAGAACCAGAAGCUGCAGCGCACGCUCGAGGAGCUCCAGAAAAGCCUGCAGAUAUCAGACGCAGUGCAGCAGGUUUCGUCCUCUGUAGCUGCAGAAGAGCCGCUCUACGAGUCUCACCACGCGCAUGUGCUGGACCUUCAUUUGGACAGAGAGCCAGAAGAGACCGAAGAUCAAGAAGAAAUGGAUUCGUACAAGCUGUCGUCGGAGGAGGAGGACAAACCGAGUGCACUACUGCAGAGACCGGAAACACGAGAACCCGACCACGCCAUUUCUUCACCGUGUGACUUUUCACAUAAAAGGAGGAGCCUCUCAAGCUUGAGGAGCCGAUCGGCUUCACCCGACGUCACCGGUGCGCCGGGGAUCUUAAAUACUAUCAAAACAGAAGAAGAGUUUCCAGAAUGUUCCGUAUCGGAACAGACUGAAAACACGAUCACGGACGCACACCUCCUUCUUCCCUAUCAUCCGGUCCACGGUAAUCCCUCUCUCGUGUCCCGGGACACGUCCACACCACCGCACGCACAUGUCCGAGCAGAACGCAUGGUGGACGCCAGUUGCAGUCUGUUCGGCAUCACGGUGCGGAGAGAGAACUCGCACAUCUGUCACGUGUGCGGCAAGUCGUUCGCGACGGCCUCUAGCCUGGGCGCACACUUCGUCUGCCACUCGGGUGAAAGACCUUUCGCCUGCGAGCGCUGCAAGUUCAGGUUCAGCCGUUUAGCCGACCUGAAGAAGCACGAGCGCAUCCACACGGGGGAGAAGCCGUAUAACUGCACGCUCUGCGGGAGGAGGUUUAACCGCACAGAGAAUCUCAGACGCCACCUCAGGAAAGUCCACCACGGAGCUCUGCUUUAGCCUCCUGGACUUACUGAAAAAAAAAAGAUUGGAUUUUUAUUUAUAAACUGCAGUCUAACACUUUAAAAAAAAAAACAGUGCUCACACAGCAUGCACACUGUAACCAGAACCAGACCAUCAAUUCCCAACCUUUUCUCUAUGUGUGUGUGUCGCAUGUUAUCCCUGUGCUUCAUGGGGUGUCCUCUGGGUUCUCUGGUCGAAAGACCCGAGUUAGGUUGAUUGGCCCUGCUAUGGGUUGUGCCCUGCUGUCCAGGGGGUCCCCCACAUUGUUCCCUUUGUCCUUGGAUGGAUGGAUAGAUAGAGGGAUGAAUGCUAGUUUGUGGCAACAGAUGAAAUUGAACUUAAACUUUAUUUUUGGUGAAAGAAAGUCGUUUUUGUGUGACUCUGUUUAGAUUUUGAUGACGUCAGAAACAAUUAAACGUCACAGAACUAACAGCAAUCAUCAUCAUCAUCUAGUUACAUUUGAGACAUUAGUUUUUUUUCCCUCCCCGUUUGGUUCUGGUCAAUUCCCACCCACAUGCCAGUUCUCCUUUAGCACCCAGGGAAAGCUGGAGUCUUAACAUUUCUUGUGUCACAGUGCAGUGUAACACACACAGGAGAGCGUCGUCUGCCUUCAGUGUAACACACACACACAGGCGAGCCUCGUCUGCCUUCAGUGUAACACACACACACAGGCGAGCGUCGUCUGCCUUCAGUGUAACACACACUGCCUUCUUCCUCAUACCUGUGAGCUCACAGACACCAGAGAGAGAGAGAUACAGGGAGAGAGAGCGAAAGAGAGAGAUGGAGACAGAGAAGGAGAGAGAGAGAUAGAGACAGGGAGAGAGAUGGAGACAGAAAGAGAGAGGGAGGGAGAGAGAGAGACAGGGAGAGAGAAAGAGAGAGAGAUGGAGACAGAGAAAGAGAGAGAGAGAUGGAGACAGAAAGAGAGAGGGAGGGAGAGAGAGACAGGGAGAGAGAAAGAGAUGGA